AUGGAAACAACAGAAAACGUUAUUAGUGAGAAAAUUUAUAAAAUAGAAAGAGAUAAUAAUCAGGCUUAUGAUGGUUCUUUGACUACCUUAAAAAUAGAAAUAAAGGAUGAACCCAAGCAAGAAAAUACAUUUGAUGAAUUUGAGUAUUUAGAAUUCUUGGAAAACACCGAAGUAGAACAAGAUGAAUAUCAAUUUAAACUAUUUGAAGAACAGCAAACAAGAAAUUACGAAGGUAAGUAA